ACAUUUAUGAAAGUAUGUGGAUGUUAUCGUUUUAAGAUUAAGAUGGUGUCCGAAGGGUCCCAUAGACGCUACUUCGACCUUUUGAAAAAAUCCACUCCAGAUGGAAAGUUAUCACUGUUCUUAGAUCGCAGAACGUUCAUAGAUCAUUUCAGCCACGUCGAUCCUGUAGAUGGAGUUCUAUUAAUAUCACAAGAUAUAAAGAAUACCGAAUAUGUUUUCUUAAUCUUUACAUGUUCAUAUCGUUUUGGUCGUGAUGAUUUAGAUGUAUUAGGAUUGACAUUUCAAAAAGAAUUAUUAAUUUAUACAAAAUGUUUAUGGCCAAAUCAUUCAUUAAUUAUUGAUAAACAAUUACCUAUUUAUAAUAAUAUAAAAAAUCAAACUAAAAAAACAUGGAAAAAUAAAUUUAAAAGAAAAAUAAAAAAGAAAAUUGAAUCGAUUGAAGAUAUUUCAUCGAUUGUAUUAAGUGAUGAUUCCUAUGGAAUAUUUAGUCAAACUUUAACGAUCAAUGAUUUAUCACCAUUUCAAUUAAAAUUAAUUAAUAAAUGUAAUCAACAUACUAUACCAUUUCGUAUAUUUUUACCUCCAUCCACAUCUCCUUCAUCAGUUGCUAUUCAAACAACCCAAGGAAGCAAUAAUAAACCAUAUGGUAUUAAUUAUGAACUGACCGCAUUUAUUGGUAAACGAAUUGAUGACAAUCAACCAGCAAGUUCAACAGUAACAAUUGUUUUAAGAAAAUUGACUGCUGGACCAAAAAUAACACAUCGUCCUUUAGAACCUAUUAUUGAAUCGAUUAAAAAAUCUAUUAAUUUACCAUGUCAUAAUGGUGAAUUAUUUAUUCAAGCGUCUAUUGAAAAACCGUUGUAUUAUCAUGAUGAAUCUGUAUGUGUAUCAAUAGUAUUGGAUAAUUUAUGUCAAUUACCUGUUAGAAAGUUACAAGUAGCAAUUGUACAAGUUGCUGAAAUUUAUGUCUUGACCAAAGGAACGUAUCGAUCGACAAUAGAUAAGCAUUUCUGCAAAGUUAAUCUACCUCAAGCUGGAGAACAACAAUGGAAAUAUACAACACUGUUAAAUACUAAUUUAACAGAUAAUCUAUUAAAACGUGGUGUUGCAUUAGAUGGUUAUAUAAGACAAGAGAAAAAUUGGUUAGCUUCAUCAACAGUAUUGAAUUUAUCCGAAAACUUUAAAGAAUGUUUAGAAAUGAUGCAAAAUAUUAAUAAAAAUGUAAAUAACUCUACAGAUCUGGUAAUAAAAGCUAAUAAGGAACUACAUGGAAUUGUAAUUUCUUAUUGUGUUCGUGUUAGAUGCUGGAUUGGAAUCAGCCGAUGUUCGUUGUACAUUCCAUUCUUAUUGAUGCAACCGGAGAAAGAGUCUGAAGAAGAGGAUAAUCAUGUAAAUUGUACAAAUAAUCAUACUCUACAUGUGGAUAUCGUUCAAAUUCAUCCUCCAGAAUUAAAAGUGAAUAAUAAUGAAUUAGUGGAAGCAUCAAAUGACAACAAUAAAGAGUAUAGUGUAUAAUGAAGAAUUGAAUAAUUGAAUAUAUAUAUGACUUCAUAAAUAUUCAUUGAUGUAUUUGUAAACAGUUUGUCAAUUGGAUUGGUCUGUGUUAACUUUGUGUUUUGUUUUGUUUUGGUUAUUCUAUUCUUUUUAAAAGGAUAAUACUGUUGUGUUUUUGUUUUCUGUUUUAUUAUUAUUAUUAUUAUUAUUAUUAUUAUUAUAUUGAUGAUAUUUCAUGUUAAUACAAUGUUUCUAGUCAGUUCAUGAACUGGAUCACAACUACUGAUGUUCUAUAUAUACAUACGGUGAUCACUUUCAGCUAUUAUUCGUAUUCAAUAAAUGUAUAAUAAAUGAA